AUACACGAACAAUAGGCUAUGCAUCCACUGGCAUAGCGCAUUGCUUGUUCAAUGACUCGAGAUGCGGAACACUUUCAGAUAUUGGUAAGGGGUUUUUUCCUGAGUGGAAAUCAACUAUACAAUGCCUUUAGGAGAUGAUGAAAAUGGAUGGAAAAAGAAGACAACUGACAUCAAGGAAAAUUACGAUUUCAAGGAGGUCUUGGGGACAGGUGCGUUCUCUGAGGUGUUCCUGGCUGAGGAGAAGAAGACCCAGCGACUCGUGGCCAUUAAAUGCAUCCCUAAGAAAGCGUUGGAGGGAAAGGAGAACAGCAUUGAGAAUGAGAUUGCUGUGCUACACAGAAUAAAACAUGAGAAUAUUGUUUCACUGGAAGACAUCUUCGAAAGUCAGUCGCAUUUGUAUUUGGUCAUGCAGCUCGUAUCGGGGGGAGAGCUCUUUGACAGGAUUGUGGAAAAAGGCUUCUACACAGAAAGAGAUGCCAGCAAACUCAUUCGGCAGAUUUUAGAUGCAGUCAAGUAUCUGCAUGAUAUGGGAAUUGUGCACAGAGACUUGAAGCCAGAGAAUCUGUUGUACUACAGUAUGGAAGAGGACUCCAAUAUCAUGAUCAGUGACUUUGGCCUGUCUAAGAUCGAGGACUCGGGAAGUGUGAUGUCAACUGCCUGUGGGACACCUGGAUACGUAGCUCCAGAGGUCUUGGCACAAAAACCAUACAGUAAAGCUGUAGACUGUUGGUCCAUAGGAGUGAUUUCUUAUAUCCUCUUAUGUGGCUAUCCUCCAUUUUACGAUGAAAAUGACGCCAAGCUGUUCGAGCAGAUUCUCAGAGCAGAGUAUGAGUUUGACUCUCCGUACUGGGAUGACAUCUCUGACUCAGCCAAGGAUUUCAUCAGUCACUUGAUGGAGAAAGAACCGACUCUGAGAUACACAUGUGAACAGGCUUUACAGCACCCAUGGAUUUCUGGAGACACGGCUCUCGACAGGAACAUUCACGAGUCUGUCAGCGCUCAGAUCAAGAAGAACUUUGCCAAAAGUAAAUGGAAGCAAGCAUUCAACGCGACAGCAGUGGUCAGACACAUGCGGAGACUGCAGCUGAGCACCAGCCUAGAGGGGCCGAGCCAAAUCACCCCCACCAGCCCCUACCACAGACACCUGCUCCUGCCCGCCAAAGAGCUCGACCAGGAGGAGCACGAGGACGAGGACGAAGACCACAACAGUUCCCCGAGUGCGGACGGGCGUCGAGGCAGUGCCGACCGGGACAGUCUCAGAAGCUGUGCGUACUGCUGCCGACCUACCAGCAGGAUCUGAAGCAGAACCUAGAGGAACCCAGUGGAACCACACAUGCACGUCCACCGCACCAGUCUGACCCGGAACACAGAGCUUUCCUGCUGGUGGGACGUGAGAGGAGAGCGUCAUUGUUCCAGACACUCAGACUUGGGUAUAUCAUAGACAGAUAUGCAACUCCUCUAUCGUUUUAAUUUGAUUACUAUUUCUGUACCCCAACCAAAGACUAAAAUAUGUUUAAGUUGUACGUUUA